GGCUGUAGUGUGUGUACAGAGAGGCCGGGACAGGAAGAGGCAGUGUGUACUGGGUGUACUGAGUGUGUACUUGGGUGUGAGGCUCCCCGUGUGUCUGCUCCGGGGCCACAAGUGAUCAGGAGGGUCACAGCAUGGCAGCCAAGGCAAAAGUUUUGUAUGAAUUUGUGGCGGAACCUGGAAAUAAUGAGCUGACUGUGAAAGAAGGGGAAAUCAUUACAAUAACCAAUAAGGAUGUUGGCGGAGGAUGGAUUGAAGUAAAGAAUAAUCAUGGUGACAGAGGACUUGUACCAAUAGACUAUGUUGAGAUAAUUUCUGAUGGAGCUCCUUCCAACAAUACAGCUCCAGAUUUAUCUUUCUUUGAUUCUCUUUCUGCCAUCACUGCUCAGGCUGCCAGUGUCAACAACGGUGAACAGGCCAAAAGCACAAAUGACCCUUGGUCAAGUUGGAAUGCACCUAAACCACCUACAUCUGACAGUGCAAAUGAUCCUUGGGGAGGAAACCAGAAAGAUUCCACAUCAAACAACUGGGAUUCUGGAUAUGGACAUCCACAGGCUUACCCAAACCCAGCUGCUGAUGAUGAUGAGUGGGACGACGACUGGGACGAUCCUAAAUCCUCUCCUCCUGGUUUUCUUGGUUACAAAGAUUCGGAGUCCUCUGAUCCUGGAGCAGCUCAACGGGCAGGAGGAAGACCGGCCUCCAUGAGGAUACCUCUUAACAAAUUUCCUGGCUUUGGAAAAUCAGGAGUUGAACAGUAUCUGUUAUCUAAACAGACAACAAAACCCAAAGAGAAAAUCUCCGUUAUUAUUGGAGAUUACGGCCCAAUGUGGGUCUACCCAACCGCAACAUUCGACUGCGUUGUGGCCGAUCCUAAGAAAGGAACCAAAAUGUACGGCCUGAAGAGUUAUAUUGAAUACCAGCUAACGACAACAAACACAAACCGUGCAGUUAACCACAGAUAUAAGCACUUUGAUUGGCUAUACGAGCGUCUUCUAGUGAAGUUUGGACUAGCCAUUCCCAUUCCUUGUCUUCCAGAUAAACAAGUCACAGGUCGUUUUGAAGAAGAAUUUAUAAAGAUGCGUAUGGAGAGGUUACAAUCAUGGAUGUCUCGAAUGUGCCGCCAUCCUGUUGUAUCAGAGAGUGAUGUUUUCCAGCAGUUUCUUAAUUUUCGAGAUGAAAAGGAAUGGAAGACUGGCAAGAGGAAAGCAGAAAAGGAUGAACUGGUUGGCAGUAUGAUAUUUUCCACAAUCGAUCCUGAAGCCGAUGACCUGGACAUGUCAGAAGUAGAACAGAAGUGUGAAGCGGUCAGCAGGUUCACAAGAGCCAUGGAUGAUGGUGUGAAGGAUUUGCUCAACGUGGGCCAGGAGCACUGGAAACGAUGCACAGGGCCACUGCCGAAAGAAUAUCAGAAGAUAGGAAGAGCUUUGCAGAAUUUAUCGUUGGUUUUCAGCUCCAGUGGCUAUCAAGGUGAAACUGAUUUAAACAAUGCUAUCACAGAAGCAGGGAAAACAUAUGAAGCAAUAGCCACCUUGGUGGAAGAGCAGCCAAGGAAAGAUCUCCAUUUCCUGAUGGAAACCAAUCAUGAGUACAAAGGCUUUCUGAGCUGCUUUCCAGACAUGAUUUCUGCUCACAAGGCAGCCAUUGACAAGGUAAAGGAAAGUGAUAAAUUGGUGGCUACUAGUAAAAUAACACAACAGGACAAGAUCAACAUGGGGAAGCGAGUAAGCACAAUGUCAUAUGCACUUCAAGCUGAAAUGAAUCAUUUCCACUCUAAUCGAAUUUAUGAUUACAACAGUGUCAUUCGCCUGUACCUGGAGCAGCAAAUACAGUUUUAUGAAACGAUUGCUGAAAAGCUGAAGCAGGCACUAGGCCGUUUCCCCGUCAUGUAAGAAAUCCAAAGCCUGGAUCUGAAGGUUUAUUGGAAGUGCCUUCCUAUGAAUUUAAUUGGACAUUGAAAAACAGCCCUUUGGACACUGCACCCCCCGGAGGAUAAACUUAGAACUGCACAGCUGCAAGUGUGCUUACGCCAAGUUGAUUAUUUUUCCCAGAAAGACUGCUUUUCCAGCGCACUAAAAUACCACAGCUUAUGAAAUGCAUGUUCAUUUUCAGAUAAAAUCAAAUCGUCAUCUAUAGCAUCACCCUCUUUUUUACUUCUCAGCCUGUUCAUUGCAAAGAGCGAAGGUGCUAUAGCCACGUCUGUGGAAUGCCUUGGAUUCCCUGUGGCACCUGUCCUGCCUAUAACCAACACUGCUAUUUGAUUGGAUGCACAUUAUAUCUUUCAAAGUAAUCUUUGAACUGAACCUUCAUUCAUGGACUCAUGUUCUGUCCACUAACACUAAGUGCGAUUUAUGAAGAAAAUCUAUUCACCGUGCGAUAUACAUAUACCGCAAUAUUGUUAUUACCCGGCCUUGUUACAACUGCAUUUUUUUCUUAUGUUAAGUUUAAUUAAACUUUGUUGUGCAACUCAGGAAAAAAAUGUAUCAUAAAGUUAGGUUUCCUUUUAUUAAUAAACAAAAGAAACUGA